CAAACGAUAAUGGCUUAUCAAGCAGCCAUGAAAGGAGAGAAUUUGCGCAAAGGGCCUUGGCUCGAAGAGGAAGAUGAGCGGCUUACGAGCUUUGUCUCCCUUAUGGGGGAAAGGAGGUGGGAUUCCUUGGGGAGAGCAUCAGGUCUACAAAGGAGUGGUAAAAGCUGCAGAUUGUGGUGGCUCAACUAUCUUCGUCCCAAUCUUAAGCAUGGCGAUAUAUGCAUCGAAGAAGAGCGGAUUAUUCUUCAACUUCAAGAGCUAUGGGGUAACAAGUGGGCAAGGAUUGCUAGAAGGUUGCCGGGAAGAACAGAUAAUGAGAUCAAGAAUUACUGGAUGACUCAUUUAAGGAAGAAAGCACUUGCUCAACAAGGGAACUUUCAUUACAGACUAAACAAUAUUAUUGCUGAACAAGAAUAUUUAUUCUUUCAAAAAGGUGAAAUGGGUGCCUUAAAAUAUAACUGUGGAAACAUUAAGGGAUCUGUAGAGGAGUAUUGCAGCACCAAAAACGAAAGCUUGGAUGGUGUGGGGUUAUCAAACCCUGGAUUGACUAGUUCUCCAUAUGAGGCAAGGUUAAUAUCGGAUUGGAUCUCGGAGCUGUCAAAUGAUCAUCAAAGUGAAACAAAACAUCACGAGGGCUGUAAUAGCGUGGAGACAUGUUUGUGUUAUCCGACAUGGAUUCCAGAUGAUAGCAUUAAUGUAUGGAACCAUUCAAGCUCCCUGUGGGAGAUGGAUUAAGCUGACAUUUACUGUCAU